AGUCUUCAAAAAGUAAACGUCAAGUAAAAUAGAAUAGACUGUCUCGUAAGUUCUUGGUUUCGUAUUUUACUUAACGCUUUGUUUUUUUAUUUAUUAAAAGCCUUCUUCGAAUUUGUAUCACCGAAUUUUUAUUUUGGAUUAGUUCAUUGGUAUGAAUGUUAAACCAAAACCUGACGAAUGUCUUCCAGAAAUUUGUUGAUGUGUCUGGUCGGAUAUUUGACGGCGAGCUCUAUGGUUGUGAAUGUUGUUUGUAUUUUGUGUGUUAAAAUAAGUAUUCCAGCACCAUGCAUGAACUCUUGAAGCACGUACUGACCGAAAGGGACCUUACGAGAGCUGGCGAUAUUUUUGCUAUACCGGAUUCUGAGAUUGUUGACGAUCUAAAUGAAGUGUUAAAACAAAUAACAGAAGUCUCAUCCCGACCUGAUUACGUCCGCAACGACAGGGAUCAGGCCCUCAUAGAGAUAUGCGUGACGCGAGUUACGUCAUGUAUCAAGGAGACAGGAACAUUGGACAAAUACUGCGCAGCUCUAGUGGCACUAUUGGAGUCAUGCCUGCACCAUAACUUGAUGCCAUUAGGGCAUUUAAGAGAUGAUGAUCCACCUCAUGCAAAGAUUGCUUCUGAUGUCAUUGCUUGCAUUGUAUUGGUAUCGUUUCCACUUCAAUCGGACACGGAAAACUAUGGCAACAAGAAUGUAAUGGAGCUGUUCCUCCCCGUCGCAGUACAGUUCCUGCAUAAAGGCAAUCGGGAGAUAUCCAGGCACAUGGCUCGAUAUCUGUCAUUAGCCGCUGUACAUCAUGCAGUGCUACUCAAGCCUCACGUUCAAACGAUUAUGGACUCUAUAAUGUCCGGUAACUAUCCUCUGUGCCGAAUACUAACGAAUCUAUACGAAGUAUCCCCCGAGCCGCUGGAGGGUCACGCGACCGCGCUGGUGUCGCUGCUCCCCCACGCGGAACAAGUCGAGAAGAACUCGCUGUUCGCGCUGUUCGAGCUGAUCGCCGCGCGCAAGCCCGACGCCCUGCGGACCUGCGUGCCCCAGCUGCUGUCCUACCUGUGCCCCAGCACCGCCCGCCCCGACGAGCCCGGCUGCAUGUGUGUGGACAUCGUGCAGGUGAUGGCGUGCGUGAGCCGCAGUCGCGCGUCGCUGCUGAGCGAGCAGGGGCCCGCCCUGGCGCGCGCCGCCGCCCCCCCGCACGCCCCGCCCCGCCUCGUCGCGCUCGUCGCCGCGCUGCUCACGCGCAUCGGCUACACGCACCGGGAGCGAGCUCAAGAAGCCCUGAACUUCAUACUGGAGAAGCUGUCGACUGCGGACCGCGCGCAGCAGGCGGUGCUCAUGAGGGAGGCCACGUCGCUCUGCAGCGCAUUCCCCGCUCUGUUCACCGACAAACUGCUCACCGCCGUCAGGGCCAAUAAUACCACUCGUCCUAAAUCAGCGAUAUCUCACAGUGAAGUCAACCGUACAUCAGGCGGUGUUACCAUCGUCAAACUGGGGGGACCGCAGAGUGCCCCCGCGCCGCCCCCCCCGGUGACACCUGCGCCCCCCGCCGCCACCCCGGCGCCCCCCGCGGCCGGGUACACGCGGCGCGCCAAGCUCGGGGACUCGCGCAGUACUGGACGACUGCACCCAGGACCCAACUCACAUCGAAGCAUGACCAGACUGAAUGUAGCGGGCGGCUCGGUCGGAGGACUCCACAAGAGCAUGACCCGGUUGUCGUCGUCGCAGCAGAUCAACUUGCAGCAGCAGAACAGCGCCAGCAGCACCGUCACGACGAACGGCAAGCCCGGUGUGUGCACGUCCAGCGUUGCGGCCAACAAGACUGCCAACACUCCCAGACAACACCACCAUCACAAUAUCGUUAUCGGAGCUCCACCUAACACGACAAACGGUCCAACGAUCAUCACUAAUCCACCGCACCAACCGCAAUCGAUAUCGGUAAACCCGCUCACCGGAAAAUCUUCCGACGCUCUCACUCCGUCCGUAUCGAUCCAGCACUCGAACAAUGCACUGGGCCACGUUUCCAUCAUCACCUCCACGGCCAAUUCCCCGCCGUGCUCCAACCCUAAUUCUAUAUCGAUAACCGGACCGGUGACCGUGACGUCACGCCGCGCGAACAACACUAGUGUGACCAUGAUCAACGGAGCGAACAACACGGACAAUUCAAACCACAGGAUCAGCGUAUUUGAGCCGUACCCGAUGCGCGACACCGUCCAGCACUUCUGCGAGAAGCAUUUGGACAAGAUCAAAGCUUACAUGGAUAAUGUUUCGCUGAGGCUGCCGCCGCCCGCCAAGUGUACUAUCGAAGAGCGGCGCUCGAAGAAGCACGCGCGGCUGUCGUUCGCGUGCGGCGGGCGCGGCGCGCACUGCCUGUUCUCUGCGGCGCCGUUCUGCGUGCGCACCCGCGCGCCCCGCGUGUGGGUGCACCUCAUGUUCCUGGCGCUGCAGGCCCGCCACGCCGCGGCGCUGUCCUCGCGCGACCCCACGCUGGCCAGCCUCAAGCACUGCUGGGACAUCCUCAAGUGCGAGAACAAGACCUUCCUCACGCUGGUCACGGGCGCCUUCCCGCCGCUCAAGGACCAGGACUUGCUGGUGGACGAGCUGCGGGCCGCCGGCUUCUUCGACGUGUUCGAGCGGGACUCCCGCGGCGCCUGGGGCUGCUUCCUGUGCACGCGGCCCGAGCGCGCGCUGCCCUUCCUGUCGCCCUGCGCCGCGCCCGUCAUCGAGGGCACGCUCAAGGAGAAGAAGGGCCGCUGGAGGAUCUUCCGUCGCUGGCGCACCAGGUACUUCACGCUCUCCGGCGCCCACCUCUCCUGCAAGGGAUCUAGCGGCGGCGAAAGUAUCGACAUCAAUCAGAUCCGGUCCGUGAAGGUGUCGCGCGGCGCCCGCAACAUCCCGAAGGCGUUCGAGAUAUUCACCGGGGACCAGACGCUGAUCCUGAAGCCGAAGGACGGCAAGAACGCCGAGGAGUGGGUGCAGUGCCUCAGCAUCGCGCUGGCGCACUCGCACGCGCGCGACGCGCCCGCCAAGGCCAACAGCCUUCCCGCCAGGGGCGUCACGCUCAAGAGCUUCUAAACGACGCACGCGCACCCGCAACCGGACCCGCACCAGCGCCCGCGCCCGCAGUACACACACUAACAGACUGACAAAAGUAAUCAACGUUGUAUAUAUAAUAAAAAUCAGACUUUAUAAGUGCUAACACAAGAAACUGGAAGUCAUAAUGGCGUUUAUUGCGUACAAAGCUCUACAGCUGGUUCGCUAAAUAAAAUGAACCGUUAAAAGAAUCACAGUUGCGGCCCAGUGGCUCUCGUCGCCUCGACAUAACUAACUCUGUGUUCAAUCGUACUUAAUUACAUAUUUUUUCAAAGACUGUAGAAUAAACUCGAUCUCACCGGUAGAGAUUGUUUAAACAAAUGAAAGUUUUUAUUUAGUUAUUUUUAGUUUAAUUAUUCGGUUGUGUAAAUAUUGACCGCGUAUUGCGAUUUAUCAAUUUAACAUUUUGUAGAAUAAGAUAAUGUACUUAAUUUUUGUGUAUACAUACUUACAUUUGUCUGUCAAUUUGUCCGUCCCUAACAUUAAACGAACAUUAUCAUUUUAAAGUUAUAUAAAAUUAAAUAUCAUCAAUACUAAAUAUGUAACUAGUUUUACGCAAUUUAAUGUAUAUAUUAUGUAAUAACAUUAUGAAUGCCAUUCCCACCCUUCAAUCGAUAUAUAUUGAAACGCUGACGUCACGUUUGUGAAAACAAAAAUCAAUAUAUUUUAUUCGAUGAAAUAUGUGAAAAAAUAUGUAAAGAAAAAAUAUUUAUUAUUUAUAAUUAUAUAAGCAUAUUUAAGAAUGCUUUUUUUGCCUUUGAAGACAAACGAUACGUCUCGCCUGAUGAUUUGCUUAUUAUCACUGUUGUUUAUGGACAGCAGCACUAUCAAGUAGCGGUCUACCGUUGAGGACUCUUUAUAAACCUCAUUGAAUGUUUUAUAAAACAAUAAGCCUCGAUAAGAAAGGUAAUUUGAGUUUUCUUCCAAUAGCAAGAAAACACAUUAUACAAUAUAGUUGGAACAACCUCUCCUGACCGAGUCCUUGUGAGCACCCGUCCUAGUCCUUGACUAGUCCAGCCGUAGAUACCUUGGAAUAGCCGCGAUCCGUCCAUUCCAAAAAAAAAAAGAAAAACUUAUGGAAAAAAUACCGUUUAAUAAUAUCAAUAUAACAUAAUAAUUUUUACAUUAAUAUGAAUGGUAUGUACAUAUGAAGAGACAAAAUGAUAAUGAGAUUGGUUGAGUUUUAACUAUGAAUGUGGCUUUAGAGGAAGAGGUAGACCUAAGAAGAAAUAGAUGGAUUGCGUGAAAUAUGAUGUGUAAGAGAGGAGUGAACGAAGAAAUGGUAUAUGAUAUCAAAUCAAAUCAAAUGCACCCGACACCGAUUUUGUAACAAGUUCUAUUCUAUGUCUAGAUAGGAUAAAGCGGUAGAUAAUUUAAAAUGGAUGGAUAGGAUUGGACUCCUCGGUAGUACAGUGGUGAGUAAGCUCGCCUGUCACUAGCUCAAGUGUAAUGUAUCGAUGUAUUUGUAGUGAGAUUUAGUUCACAUGUAGCCAAUAUGGCGCGGGUGUGCGAGGGAGACAGCGAUAUGUACCCGCAUCCUGUCUAAAACGUUAAUCGCUUUGUCAUUUUAGUAAUUAUGGAGUCGGCUCUACAGGUUUUAUUUUGAACGGUAAUUCCUUAUGUAUAUGAAAAUAAUUUACAAUAUAUUUAAAAAAGAAACUUUAAGGUCCGUAUUGACUAAUGAAGUUUCUCGUCCCGAUUUAUACGACAGUAAAUUUCAUUUCAGAACGUUUGUUCCCAUUGCGCGUCCGACAUAAAUCAUACAAAGAUAUUUAAAUUUACAAAUGAAUUAUUAUUAUUAUUAUUAUUCGAAUAUUGUUGUUUUUCGUCGUUUUUAUAGAUUUUUGUGAUGUUUUUACAAAUAUUUUAUUGUUUUUUUUUAAAUAUGUAUAAUAAUUAUAAGAGUGUAUGUGAUAAGUGUUUUAUUGAGUACAAUGAAAGUAAAUAUAUAAAUAAUUUUGUUAGUCAUGUUUAGAGUUUGUACUUAAAGAAAAUUAUUAUUAAGUGAUAUUGUGAAUAUUUAUAUCCGUCCUUGAUAGUGUUGCCAAAAUUUAUAAAAUAUACUUAUGUUUAGAAAAUUUAUAGUCCGGUUAUAACUACGUUUUAUAAUUGGCAACACAAUAUAAAGACAAAUGUAUAGUAUAGUUUUAAUCUGAGAACCUGAUUAUUGAUGAAUUAUAUGAAAUUAAAAAUCAAGAAGUUAUUGUAUGGUAGUCCGUAUGUGACAGCAUUUUAUAGUAGUCAUUUUAAUUAGUAGUUAAACAUGCAUACGCAAACAGAGUUAUUAACAGAGGCCCUUUAUAAGAAGAAAUGUUAUAUAAUAAAUAUAAAUAUUUACUAACAAUCACGCCACGUUAACUGGUCCCGUGAUAAGUUCGUAAAGAACUUGUGUUACAGGUACCAGAUAACGGAAAUAAAUGUAAGAUUUUUAUUAUACACAUACAUAUAUUUAAUAUACAUCCAUAACCCUGGAAAAGACAUUUAUAUUUAUCAUACAAAUAUCUUCCCUUGGCGGGAUUCGAACCCGCGACCCCCUUGUGUAGUGACCAUGUCACUUACCACUACACCUGACGGCCGUUGAAAUAUAUGAAGUUCUUUGGUAGAGCUAAAACGUUCAUUAACAAUCCGAUAACGUUUUUUAUAGCGCCAUUAUAGCGUUCGAUAUUGUCGUGCAACGUUUUAAUUAAUAUUGACUCUUAAUGCAUUCGACAAACGUUCCAUUAUGCAUUAAACUCGAUGUAUUCCACAGCAAUUCGUUAUUGAAUAGACGUGAUUAAAUAAUAAGUAUGUAUUGCCAUUUCCCAAAAAGGUUUUUUUUAUCGAGCGAUUAUUCUACGGCAUUUUAAGGGGCAGAUAGAUAUAUUAAUGCACAACAGAUUAAACAGAUAUAUCGAUAGGUGAAAGGCUAUUUGGUUUAAGCGACAUUUUUGCAAAUUUACAGGAGAAUUAUUUAAAGUUUUGAAGUCGUCGUGGCCUAAAGGAUAAAACGUCCGGUGCAUUCGUAUGUAGCGAUGCACCGGUGUUCGAAUCCCGCAGGCGGGUCCCAAUUUUUCUAAUGAGAUACGUACUCAACAAAUGUUCACGAUUGACUUCCACGGUGAAGGAAUAACAUCGUGUAAUAAAAACCAAACCCGCAAAAUUGUAAUUUGCGUAAUCACUGGUGGUAGGACCUCUUGUGAGUCCGCACGGGUAGGUACCACCAUCCCGCCUAUUUCCGCCGUGAAGCAGUAAUGCGUUUCGGUUCGAAGGGUGGGGUAGCCGUUGUAACUAUACUGACACCUUAGAACUUAUAUCUCGAGGUGGGUGGCGCAUUUACGUUGUAGAUGUCUAUGGGCUCCAGUAACCACUUAACACCAGGUGGGCUGUGAGCUCGUACAUCCAUCUAAGCAAUAAAAAAUAAAAAGUUAAAAAUUUGGAAAAAAUAUCAUAAUAAAAAAACUUCUUCAGCUAUUUGAAUUGAGUAAACUUAACUGAAGUUCAAUUUAAAAAUCGAACCGUUGAUGCUAAAUCCAAAUAAAACGCACCUUUAAUUACAAAGAUAAAUGUAUUAAGCGGAAUGGCGCUUAAACCAAAUAGCAUUUCACCCUUCGAUAUUAUAAUGAAAUCAAAAUAAUCGCACUAAAUAUAAAAGAGGCGAUUUGAUCAUUUUUGUAACCAGUUGAUAUUUGAAAAUUAUUGUGUUUCGCAUUGGUCCUUGAUGCGUGUGCAAAUUUUCAAGUCAAUGACGUCUUAAUUAUGUCCCAAAGAAUCUGUUACAUACAAAUAAACAUAGGAGUGUACCAAGCUAUUGAAAAGGGUUUUAAUAUUGUUGCUUCGAAAACAAUUGUGACUAUAAUCGGAAAGCUCCUUUGUAGCUUUCGCAUGUCGCUUUAUUAUCAUAUUAACAAGUAAAGUUUUCUUGUUACGAAGGAGUAGCGGUUAAAUUCCGAGUUACUAACCAUGAAAUGUAAUAUAAACUUUUUAAUAUUUAUUUGCUGAGUUGAGUUUAUUCAAAACUGUGUUAGGGACGCUUGUGGUUUUUGUGUACCUACCUGCCUAAAUUUGUUUUUUGAAAUGUUUUUUUUUCUUGUUUUUGAUCAAAGCAAAAAAGGAUUCUGAUAGUAAUAUUAAAUUAAAAAAUAGCUUUAAUACACAAAACAUUAUUUUUUGUAUUACAUAUUAUGUAUUUUUAGUUUGAUUUCUUAAUUGAGCAACAGUUUCCCUUAAGAAAAAGUUUUUUUUUUUUUACAACAGUUCAGGUAUUCCCAAGUGCGUUCAUUGAUGUUGUGAUGAUUGAAAUUCGAUCUAAUCACUGAAGCUUCAAGAUCCGUUUUAUAGAAUACGUGUUAUCUUUAAUUUUCUAUUGAUAUGUCGAAAAAAAAGUCUGUUGACAAUUUGAGCACAAAUCGGCACUCACCUGUGUGUUGUGUUUGUGCAUAUGCAUGUGUAGAUUUUAUGUGCUAGCUCGUUGAGACUAAAGUUGUGAUUUAGAAAAUGCACAUUCCCUUUUUUAUAUUAUUUUUAUUGGUCGCGCUCAAAAUGUCAAAAAUUACAUACAAACAUCAACUUUGAACGAAAUCGCGAAUGUUAUAUGUUAAAAAUAUGAGACGCGAUUGAAAUAUGACUCUCUCAUUUAUGAUAGGACAUGACCUAUAUUUUAUUAUGUUUACGUACGAGUAUAUAGCAAUCAUAUCUAAUAAUUGGUUAUUUAACUAUGCCAAGUAGUUUGAGUUACAGCGUAUUAUAAUAAUGUUUUUAAUUACGUCCGAUGCAACGGCCUAAGUGUUAAUGAGUGCUCAAACUGAACGGUUAGCAGAGUAUUAGGUAUUUAAUGCUGAUGUAAACAUUUCAACGGUCUGCAAAUAAUGACGUGAACAUUAUUAGAAUUGUAUGUAUUGUAAUAUAGUUUCCUCACACAAAGGGAAUAUAUGACAUAAUUAAAUCAAAUUCAAAUUCUAUUGUUAUUGUCUGGCGACUUGUACUUAUUGACAUUCUCGGAAUGUUUGUGAGCUCGAUUUAAUAUUUAGUUUUGUGUCUGGUAGAUCUACAGACUAUUUGCUGUGGAGGGUAGAAGGAAAACCAUAAGGUAAGAUGGCGCCACUAUAGCAAAAAGUUAAUUUGUAUAUUUGUUUUAAUAUUUUUACUAAUUAUGGUUUUUCGGGUAAUGUUAAUUUUGCGGUGACGUCAUUAUUACAGUCGAUACGAUUUGUUCACUCGGCAUACUUCACCGUCAAUAAUGCGUAGUUCACAUAAUACCGUGAUGGGUGGAGUGAAGCUAUCCUAGUCGAUCAUUGGAUUGCGGCCUGAUGCUCGAGAUCUCCUUAGUGCCUUUUCGGUUUGAGCCCCCCCUCCACACAAUCCUUUUCUACACCUCCACACCACAAUACUCCUACCCUCCACAGUCUUCUCAAGACAAAUCAUGUUAAAAGUUUGAUGUACCUACAUUUAAUUCAAAUCUAUUAUAUUUAAUAUUUAGUAUCCAAAACCACCGACACCCAAUGCGAAUAUAUGAAAUUAGGAUGUUUAAAAGAAAUGAAUGCUUCGUAUUUGAACAAUCAAAUUUAAUUGUACUUAAUAAUGUGUUUUAAUUGGCUCUUGAAAUUAUAUGUAUAUUUAAACUAUUUGUUUGUAUAUUAGAGAAUUAUUAAAAGAAAAUUGUUAAUUUUCUUUAAUUUGCUGAUGCAGCGUUAUAAAUACAUAGUGUGCGUUCUUAAAAAAACUGGCAUUCGGUAAGGUUAAUAAUGCUUCUAACCAGUUUUACAGUAAAUAUACCAGGGUUUAUUUAGUGAUCGAAAUUCGACCAUAAUCACUAACGCUAUAAGAUUCACAUUCAUUUUAUGUUUUGCUUUCUUUUUGAUAUUAAAAAAAAAGACUCAAUUUUUUAUUGAAGAACUGUAGCUCGCCAAUAUCUCCUUACAUAAAAAAUCGAUUGUCAAACAAAUAAGAUACUGCCUUUACCUAUUUAAAUAUAGAGAUAUUCACACUAUCGUCAAAUGUCUUCAGCGUCUCACUUUACGUUAAUUAGAGCUAUUCCGUUAAGAUUAGAGGGAAAGGUGACUAUGAUAAAUAAAAAAUAAAAAUAAAAAUCUAUAACGUUUCAAGCGCCAAUCUAUUUCCUUAGUUCUUCAUUGUGUCAGUGUAAUUUUAUUCAUAUCACCGUGUUUUUGUAUACAGGAUGUGUUUCGAUUGCGCCAGUCCAAAUACACCCUGUACAACAGUUUUCUAUUAAUGUUGUAGAUGUACUGUAAAUUUUUUGAAAAUUUUGUACAGUAAUCGUUUUUGACGAUUUACACAAAACUAUAAAUAAAAUGUUAUGUUUUUAUAAGUUUAUCAACGUAUAUAAUUACGAAAUUGGUGCUAAUUUUAUUGUAGAAUAUUAUUUAGUACUGACAGCAAAAUAAAUCUUACUUUUUUAUUGACCUUUAUAACUGGAAAAAUGCUGUUAUCCGGUUAAAAAGUCAGCAGAUCUCUAUUUCAAUAUAAUGACGACUGUCCCGCCCCUCCCGAAUAACAAUCAUGUAAUCGGUGUUAAAACAUAUUCGACUUUAAGAAAUAAAUUGCAAAUGAAAAGAGCCUCAAUGUACAUCAAUCUCCCUAUCUACACUGAAGAUGGGUUCCCGACAGGACUGUAUAAAUCUAAAUCCUUCAUUAUGCUUAUGUAAUGCCGCGUAAAACGAAAUAAACUCCCAAAAUGUGCUCAAUUCAGUCAUUUAUUUAGCUUAAACAAAAGCACAACAUUUUAAAAACCUUACCAAGAAUAUUUCAUGAAUAAAAACAAAUAGCAAAGUCCUUAAUCCUUCUCUGUUACGUAAAGUCGUAAACGAUCCAAUAUUUUAAUUUUUCUUUCCAUGGAUAUAACAUAAUUUUUCGUCCAUGUUUUUGACACAGAUUACAUAUUAUAAAGAACCCAAAAAUCUAUGUAAUUGAUGACUUACCAGUUCUAAUACUCGUAGUAAGAAAUAUAUGUUUUUUUAGCUUGCUUUUACACGAACACAUUGUUAUUGUGAAUACAUAUUGAGGGAACGUAUUUCCCAAAUUGUAUUUUAAAAUCUCUGGCAAUCUUAGUUUAUUCCUAUCAGUGUUGUCAAAUGAAUGAGACCACAAAAUGUUAAUGAUAUGAAUUCGUUAAUUUAUAAAUUGUGUAAAUGCGAAUUCGUGUAAGACGUUAAAUAAGGGGAUGGGUGUAAUAAGUCGCCGUUUUUAAAUUAUUUAUUACUUUACGUAACGUGGAGUUGUGACGCGUGUGUACCACUGCGCUCACAGUUGACAACCUGUCGAUAGUAUAUUGACAUUGGUGAUAGCAUUAGAUACUAUCGCAGUAAAAGCAUGUCUUGUAAUAAAUUAAAUAAUUUUUUUUUUGUAAUAAUACUGAAGAAUAAAUUUUAUUGUUGUUUUGGCUACUGUACUUUGAACUGCCUUUAUUAAUAAAUAUAUUUCAUUUGUUUGUAA